CCACCCUCAGGAGGAGGGGCUCCGGAGCCUUUAAAGAUGUGGAGAAAGGCGUCAUUCUUUCUGGAGUGGGACCUCAGCCCCCUCCAGGCCUGGGAAAGCGGGAGCCCUGAGCCGCCAUGAGGCAGCAAGAAGAUAGAAACGUAUGUCUGAACCUGAGCAACUGCCCCUCCAUGGAAGAGGUGGGGAGGUGGGCUGAGGGUCGAGGGGUCCAAAGAGACUAGAGGGUUGGUGUCAGGGAGCUUGGGGUCCUGGCUGGGAAGCGACUGCUCUGUCAGGAAGCUGGACUCUCUGGCUGGGUCAUGGCUGAGCUGACACUUGUACAGACCGGGAGAGGGCAAAUGUGAGGGCGGCCCUGGAGGACAGACAGGCCCUGCUGGUGGCACCAUGAGCUGAGCGAGACACCUGAGAGCGAGGACCCUGCUCUGCUCCCUGCUGGGACCAUGUCUGGGCAGGGCCCCCAGAGAAGGCUGCUGGGCUCUCUCAAUGCCACCUCCCCAGCCACCCCUCACUUCAAGCUGGCUGCCAACCAGACCGGGCCCCGGUGCCUGGAGGUGUCCAUUCCCGACGGGCUGUUCCUCAGCCUGGGGCUGGUGAGCGUUGUGGAAAAUGUGCUGGUGGUGGCCGCCAUUGCCAAGAACCGCAACCUGCACUCGCCCAUGUAUUACUUCAUCGGUUGCCUGGCUGUGUCCGACCUGCUGGUGAGCGUGAGCAAUGUGCUGGAGACGGCCGUCAUGCUGCUGGCGGAGGCAGGCGCCUUGGCUGCUCAGGCUGCUGUGGUGCAGCAGCUGGACGACAUCAUUGACGUGCUCAUCUGUGGUUCCAUGGUAUCCAGCCUCUGCUUCCUGGGCGCCAUUGCCGUGGACCGCUACCUCUCCAUCUUCUACGCGCUGCGAUACCACAGCAUCGUCACACUCCCGCGGGCGUGGCGGGCCAUCUCCGCUAUCUGGGUGGCUAGCGUCCUCUCCAGCACGCUCUUCAUUGCCUACUACAGUCACACGGCCGUCCUGCUUUGUCUUGUCAGCUUCUUUGUAGCCAUGCUGGUGCUCAUGGCAGUGCUGUACGUCCACAUGCUUGCCCGCGCCUGCCAGCACGCCCGAGGUAUUGCCCGGCUCCAUAAGAGGCAGCACUCCGUCCACCAGGGCUUUGGCCUCAAGGGCGCUGCCACACUCACUAUCCUGCUGGGCAUUUUCUUUCUCUGCUGGGGCCCCUUCUUCUUGCACCUCUCACUCAUGGUCCUCUGCCCUCAACACCCCAUCUGUGGCUGCGUCUUUCAGAACUUCAACCUCUUCCUCACCCUCAUCAUCUGCAACUCCAUCAUUGACCCCUUCAUCUACGCCUUCCGCAGCCAGGAGCUCCGAAAGACUCUCCAAGAGGUAGUGCUAUGUUCCUGGUGAGGCUGCAGGCUUGAGGCCAGGGUGCUGGGCAGAGGGAGGUGGUGAUUGAUACCCAUGUGACUGGGGCAGUCACUUGCAGAAAAGGACAGAUGAGCUGAUCUGUGGUGUGGUGGAUGCAUGGACCCUCUGGGGCCAGAGAAAGGAAUAAACAAAAAUCUCCAGGAGUUGCUGUGGAGAAUGGAGCAGGCUGGGGAGAUGGUGGGGCCACAGACACGAGAGCCAGGUCCGGGGCUUCUGGACAGCAUCUCUGGCUGCUCCUGGAGAGUUCCUUCUCCACCCAGGGGCCAGGCAAGGCCUGCACAAACCCACCUUUGCUGCCAGGUCUGGAGAUUUGGGCCCCUGCCCGUUGGGAUGUGAAGUCUCAGUGUUGGUAGCAUGACAAGUACUGCUCUCGGGAAGGCCUCCAGGAAAAGGACUUUGUGACCAGCCAGACCUCACAGGACUGCUUCGGGAAGAAGUGAGCUCCUGUUGCAAGCAGAGGGACUGUCUACAGGAGCUGCAGUGGAGGGUAGGGCUGAUCUAAGGUCUAGUGGUAACCAGAGAGCUGGUGACCCAACUGUGUGCACGUGCACCGCGUGUACCCGCCAGACAGUGUUGGUCAGUGCCUGCUCAGGCCAAGGCAGAGGUCGUCAGCCCGAAUCAGUGACCGGUGCCCAGGGUCUCAGGGCUGGGAAGCAGUCUGGUAAUAAAUGCUGU